ACAGCUUUAUGUAGGACCUAACCGUUUGUGGGCACCGUUUGUCACCGUAAUGGUGCAAUUAAUGUAUUGUUUAGUGUUGUGUAGUGGCUUUGCUGGCAUCUAUCCCACUUUUUUUUUUUGCCACACCAAGAUGUACAUGCUAAAAUCGCCACUGGAUGAGAUUAUAGGAUUUUGGACAAAUCAAUUAUUUUCGCACACGGGGUAUUGCAGCUGCGUGUUGUUUUUAAACGGCUCUGCAACAAUAGCGUCAGAAAAGGUACGAUUCAUCACAAUAAAAAGCCAAGGUCUUCAGGCGAAUUGAUGAUGAUGAACAAAUGGAGCGCGUGCGCGCGCACGCGUCAGAGUCCGGCAUGGGUGCUGAUUGGUUGAAAAUGACAUCACAUACAAUUGUACUAUUCUUAGCUUGUAGAAAACGCAUUACCUCAUCCUUUUCCCCUCGCGCAGGUAUAGACAUACAACAACAAAUAAUGUUACAGUCGCAGACAGGACGAGGACGAGAUUAGAAGUCGAGAGAGAGACCUACCUGUACUCAACUGAUUAUUAGUUAAGCAUAACAUAUCCUUUUGGAUUCUUCAUCCAUUUGCUUUGAGACCAUUCGUUUGAUUAUAUUAUUUGGUGUGCAAGUUGAUUUGUGCGAUAUUUCCAGUAUCUUCGUUUGGAUUGAAAAUCACACAAAGAACAGAGAUGGUGUUCUACAGGGAGAGAGAGAACGGGACACGCGAACGUCCACCGCUGUCUCUCAUCCUACCGCAUCUUUACCUAGGUGCAGAGACGGACGUCACGCAGGAUUGCCUCGGCGCUCGCGGGAUCUCCUACGUGCUAAGCGUGAGCCGCUGCAGCCCGCAGCCUACUUUCCUUCCCGGUUCCCAGUACCUUCGCAUCCCCAUCGACGACUCUCUCCGAGACGACCUGCUGCCCCAUAUCCCGGAGGCACUGCGUUUUAUCGAUGGGGCUAUGUCAUCAGGUGGAUCUGUGAUAGUUCAUUGUGCUGCAGGAAUCUCUCGCUCCCCUGCCCUGGCUGUGGCCUACAUUAUGUACAACCUGGGGAUGGACCUUGACCAUGCCUACAGGUUUGUGAAAGAGCGCAGGCCUUCAAUCUCCCCUAACUUCAAUUUUCUGGGUCAGCUACAACACUUCCAGGGAACCCUCGCUCAGAAGGCCUCUAAUGGCAACCCCACUAUCCAGCCAAUCAGAUCACUGGACACAUGCCUGCAGUCAAGCAAUGAAAACAUUAGCUGCGGUUCCUCUGUCCCCCUGUCAGCCAAUCAGAUCAUGAAUAUUCAGGACAAUGGCUAUGUUGCUAAGGACUUUUUAGGGGUUGCUAAAGUGCAUAAUAUGUACAAUGAGAUUUCCACUUGUAACACAGAGAACAUAGAGCAAAGGUGCUCAUAUUCAUGUGAAACUCAGAGUCUAUCAGAGAAGCCACAGCAAGACCAGAGGAGUGUGCCUUCACAACUGACGCUGUCUCUCUCUAGCAAACUCAGAACGCUCACUCUCAACCUGAACCAUAACCACAACCAGAACCAGAGGGAGGCCCAGAACUCGUGUGGAGCAAUGACUCCAAGCCCCAACGAACCAGCGACACCAACACCAAAGCCCAACACACUACAAAUCCCAACAGGCAUUGCGUCUCUCUCUGAGAAGCGCAAGAGCCUCACCCUCUCCCUGUCUCCCGUUGGUGCAAUUCUCCCAACCCCCCACCAGAAUGAGCCACAAAGCAACAACAGGCACAGCAUUAGCCACAAGCCAACACGCUCCAGCGCUUCCAACACCAUCCACAAGAGGGAGUCAGAAGGCACCAGUGGUUCAAAAAGGCACGGUAGAAAGCCUUCGGCGGUGGCCCUUUCCUCCUCACAGACACACGUACAACAGAGAGAGAGGAGCACAUCCUGUGGCAAAGCAGCAGGUCGGCCCAAUCACUGCUCCUCCCGAACCCAGGUGAAAGUAGAGAGAGCUGGAAGAGGCCAGGGUAAAAGAGAGCCCAGCCGCUGUCAGAGCAUGGAGAAGGGGAGGCCUAACUCAACUCCAAAGACAGGGAAGGACCACAGCAGGGGAAGAGCAGAGAGGGAGACGCUAACUGGGAGCCUGAGCAGCAGUUCUGUUUUGAAUCAGCUCAGUAUCAUAGUUGACCAGCAGGUGUCGCCAGCAGCUAAACUGUCUGCAUCUGCAGUGGAGGCUGAGGAAGGAGUGGAUGCUGAACAGGGCCUCCUGUCUCCUCUCAACCUGACUGUCAACAAGCUGCUGGGCUGGGGGGAGAAGAUGCUGUUGGGGGUUCUGCUUGGCCCCCGGAUCAAAGUGGGACAGGCUGUUCUGCCCUAUAGGUGCUGAUGCAUUAAGAGACCACAGAGAGAGGGCUGGUAAAUGCCAGGAUAUUGAUUUGUGUGUGUGUGUGUGUGUGUGUGUGUGUGUGUGUGUGUGUGUGUGUGUGUGUGUGUGUGUGUGUGUGUGUGUGUGUGUGUGUGUGUGUGCAUGCAUGUGAGGAACUGAAGAACAUAACUGCAUGUAAAAUAUUUGUCUGCCCAUACCAUGUUCACAGAGCUCUGAGUGAAUGCUUUGUCCUAUAAAUACCAGUUUAUUGUUGACUUCCUUCAAAAGCACUAUAUAUAUUACAUAUAGGAGCAGUUUAUGCCUCCAACACAAUGCUCAUGGAUUUAGGCUUGAUUAUGUUGAUUUUUAUUUAUUGAUUGAUGUGAAUAAAGUGAUCCGUUUAUUGUUGUUAUUUAUAAAAUGAAUAUUUUGAGGAUGGUAUUUUGGCACUGUUGUUUGUAAUGGGAUCAUAGUGUUCAUUAAAGUACAUAUUUUACUCA